AUGAGCGCCAUCACUCCCGCGCAAGUACCCAUCCGCAUCUCCUAUCGACCCGGCGCAAGCCCAGAAGUCUUCCGCUUCAUCAAGGGCGCGAUUCACGGCGCGAUUCUGGUCCAGGUCGUUCUCCACGCGAUCUUCUCAGCGUUCGUCAUCUGGCUCGAUCGCUAUGUCUUUAAUACAGUUGGCUUGCCGAAUAGCAUCAUCCCCUCUCUCUCCAUCGUCGUCGGCCUAAUGCUCGUCUUCCGCAACCAAACAUCCUACAACCGCUUCUGGGACGGCCGCAACGGCAUGACGACCAUCCACACGACUAUCCGCAACCUUGUCCGCACCAUCCUCUCAAACGCCUACAGCACCGCGCACCCCCCAACACCCGCCGAAAGACACGACAUCGAGCGCACAGUGCGCAUUCUCACCGCCAUCCCAUUCGCCGUGAAGAACCACCUCCGCGCCGAAUGGGGCGCUGCAUUCGAGACCGGGCUCGAGUCGAACUUUGGCGGGCUCGGCGGCGGGAUCCCGGGUUUACUUGGUAGUGAGCUGAGGGAGAACGGCACGGCCGUUUAUAACCCCGUCUAUGCAGGCCUCCUGCCCCCCGAUCUCCAGGGUUACGAGGGAGAAGGUUUAGGGCUGCCCUUUCAGCUGACGUUCUUUGUGGACGGGUUCAUUAAGAGGGGUGUUGAGCGCGGGUGGUUCAAUGCGCCUGGCGCAAGCCAGAUGCAGGCGCAGCUGAACACGCUCAUGGACGCGUUUGGCAAGAUGGAGACGAUCAAGUUGACGCCUAUCCCCGUCGCACAUUUGAUUCACCAGAAACAGGUCCUUGCGCUGUAUGGGUGUGUGCUGCCGUUUGCGAUGGUCGAUGAUAUGGGGUGGUGGACGAUUCCGAUUGUUAGUCUUGUUAUCUUCACGCUGUAUGGGAUUGAGGGGAUUGGGUCGCAGUUGGAGGACCCGUUUGGGUAUGAUCGCAAUGAUAUUAAGAUGGAUGCGCUGGUGGGAGAUGCGAGGAUGGAGAUUGAGGCUGUGCUUGGGGAGUGGAGGAGGGUUAUGGAGGUGGUGGAAAGGGAGAGUACUGGUGCUGGUGCUGGGGAGGCUGAAGGUGGUGGUGACGGGGUGAAGAAGGAAGAAGGUUUUGUGAUGCCGGAUAUGUUUUUGAGGCCGAGGAUUAGAGGGAACGGGCACGGAUAG